AUGGUGACGAUUAAUACAACACUUGGUAUUAGUUGGACAGUAUUAUCAUUUGGUUUUUUUGUUAUUUGCCGUUAUUUAGUACAACCGUUAACAUUUAUACGGCAUUCACCUAAAACUCAUCGAACUAAAUCAAACCCAUAUUUUCAAACUUGUUUUACUUGUGCAGAUGAUCAUCAAUGGGAACGUUUAAAUUUAUUAAUUAGUUGGUUACAUUCUUUGAUAACUGGUGUAGCAGUAAUAUAUAGUUUUUGGGCAUAUUCACCUGAUAUAUAUCAAGAUUUUGUUAAUCAUAUAACUUUAGUUACUUAUUUAACAUGCGCAUUAUCCUAUGGAUAUUUUUGGUAUGAUUUAUUCGAUAUUAUAUCAAACAGGCGAGGAUCCGAAAUGUUGGAAUUAUUACUUCAUCAUAUUCUUACAAUAAUAUUCUUCAGUUUUAAUAUAUUUCGUGUUUUAAAUAUUGGUUAUCAAAUGUUUGCAUUAAUAGCUGAAAUAAAUUCGAUAUUUUUACAUGCUAGAAAAUUAUUUCAAUUAUAUCAUAUUCCACGGGAUAAUGUUUUUGUACGUUUAAAUAUGUUUUUAAAUAUUUUAACUUUUUUUCUUUGUCGUCUUUGUAUGUUAUUUUUUGUAACUAUAUUUGUUUAUCAUGACCGUUAUCGUGUUGGAGAUAUUAAUUACAUAUACGUUAUGUAUAUUCUUCUUCCUGGUGUAUGGAUUAUGAAUCCAAUACUUUUUUAUCGUGUUUUACGUACUGAUUUUUUAAAAAGAUAUAAAUCAAAGAAAUUACUUUCUUAA